AUCUGCGGAAUCGGUCGCGCUUAACGUCAACAUUGUCAAUCAUGGUCGUUUCUGCCUUAUAAAAAAAAUAGUAGAUCUUCUUCCCACAUUAGUAGAAGUUCGCAUGUUAUCCAACUUUUAAGUAUUCUCUGUGAACAUGAACCUACUGUGUGAAUAGCUUUUUGUGUUUUGGCUCAAGAGGAACUGUCAUUCAAUGUGUAUCAACUCGCGGGAUUUUAAGUCAUUUAAGUGCCAUUUGGUGCAUCCGGUGCACUACAAUUUUCAGAACCAUUAAAAAUACGAAGUUCUAGGAAGUUAACUACAAAUACAUCAAACAGUAGAUUUUGCGAAAUGCUCCAGUUAGAGUAUUUCUCCCUAAUUCCCAUCGAUGAAUUGGAAAACACAGAUGAGAACACUUGGUUGUAUGUGUUGGAAAUCCGUCCACUAAAAUUGGCUUAUAGUCCAACGCCCAGCAAUGUCACACAGCCUGGUCUGAAUUCAACAAUCAAUCUGAAAGACAAUUCAGAGUGGCUAGAUAAUCUGAGUCCAGGAGAUAUCCUUCUGCAGGAUGUUAUAGUUACAGACACAAUAUCAGAAAACGAUCAAACAAAAAUCAUUGAUACUCGAACAUUUACACGACCCCGCAAAAACCGAUUUUCACCGUCUUUGCUAAAGCCAAUUUCCCAGCAGGAUGAGAAUUCUCAGUUAAAUAGCACAUAUAAUUACAAGACGGGGGAUGCUGUCAACAGGGCCGAUGUAUUGAACGCUACAGUCGUCAUCGAUGAACCAACGAACAACUUUGGUGCUGCAACACAAGGCGAAUUAAACGCCACCUUUCCUGUCGAACUGAAUGCACCUGCAGAGGAGGAAUUGAGUCCUUGCAACAACAACGUUUACAACUUGAAUAGUACCUUUCCAACGCAACCACCAUCUGACCGCAGUUACUCAAUCGCGCCUGCCAAAGCGGUCCUAAAUGCCACUUAUGUAGAAGAGGUACCUGUUCAAGACCCCAUAACAUCAGAGUCACGAAACUAUUGCCUAGACGAACUUGAUGAGCUUAAUGAACUCGAAGAGGAAGACCGGUGUGAUUUUAACGAAGAAGGCUUCCGCAAACCUCUGAUGCCUGGUGCUGUGCCAAAAAAACCUUUAAUUCGAACUUCAACAUGGAAUCACGAAGUGCCCUCGCCCAAGAAAGAAAUCACACCUCCGUCAUCUAAAAUCACCCCUCCCUCUUCCAAGAUUACCCCUCCUGCUACCAAUGGGCUUAAAGAUAUCGAAAAAAUGGCCAAGCUACAGGAAGACAUUUUGGCUCAAACGUCUACACCGAUGGGUCAACGCCGUUUUAGUGCAUUUCCGCGACCAGCUGAGGUGGAUCAUCAUUUAGGGUCACCCAUUGUCAGCUUGGCAGAGGGCAUUGCCAAUUUCGGCCCACCCCAUCCACUGAGGGAGUCUAUUAUCGAGAAUGCCAAUUUAGAGUUGACAUUGGACAAUUCCAAUAAUCGAACACGAGGUGAUUACUUUGCUCCAGAUCAAGGGCAUCUAACUUUCGACAAAUCUCAAAAUUCGGUGGAGAACCAAUCCGAAUCGCCCACCAGUCCGGCAAGCAGUCCGUACAGCUCGCAGUCACUGGAUAGCGAAACGGGUGGUACGACGUCGGCGCGAGAAAUGAUUCGACGAAGUAUGCCCAACUUGAACAAUCAAUCCCGAAUGCGCUUGCCUCAACCCUCGUCUGGGAAUCUGAACCGGCAGCACGGAAGCGAUUCCGGAUUAAGGCCUCCUUCAAUGAAUAAUGUGGUCCGACCGCCUAUGCAGAACGGUUCGGCUCUCGGUCUGGUGAGACCACAAUUUAAAGUGCCUCAACCACCGCUACCCGUCGAAACGACUUUGAAUGCCACCAGAGGGACAGCGCCAACUCAACCGGUUAGGUCCAGCCAAUUGCAGCAACCAAGACUGUCGGGAUUAGCCCCUCCGGCGCGCGGCAGUCUUCUCCCCAAUGCGGCAUCAAAGUUGAAACCCCUUCAAUUAGUGGCUCCGCGGGCGAGUGCUGCUGCUGCUUUGCCGGUCAAAGCUGCUGUCAUCCCAGCGGCGAAGGCGUCUAACGACGAGCUUAACUCUACGGUCAUCAUGGAGAAACCGUCGGUGCUGGCCGCCGCCCCUGUCCAUUCAGGCAUUCCGCGCCCUUCCAUGUCGAAAAUUCCUAUGCCGCGAACGAUGAAGUCUUCCAUUCCGAUGCCGGCUUCUAACCGGCCACGCGCGCCACCUCAGUGACAUCCCACCUAACCCACCAUUAUUUUUCAAAACUAUUUGGUUUUCUCUUUCACUUAAAAGAGACAUGCACUCAUAUUAGAUUCUAAAAUGAAGUUUAUAUGUCUUGAGACUGAGGAUUCGUAUCAUUCAACAUGUUGGGUGUGUGUAAGUGUGUUGCGAAACACGCGCCGUGCUAGAACAGAUAAGGUAAAA